AUGUGUGAUACUUGCACUAUCGAUCUGCCUGAGGAACGUAUGUUCAACCUCUGCUACGCAAACAACGACACCUCUACACCGCCUUCGCCUACGAUAUCACGGGCUUCGUUUGAACGGUACAAGAACAACUCCACACGAGUCGCACAUCUCCUUGACUCGUCUCCAGUGAGGUCGCCCAACUACGAGCUUGUGCAAAGACUCGAAAAGCUCACAUCCAAAUACCACACCUCGGUGCCGAUGAUAAUAUCGUCGUGGCUGAAGGGUGAUGCAUACAACUUGCGUCUAUCUGAUGCCGACGUGCACUUUUUGAAUGAGUCAGUGAUGGCCGCUUGA